ACAUUGCUCCUGUCUCCUGUGUCAGGCUUGUCUCCAACCUGAACUCUCUUUGCCUUGAUCUGGGGGAGAUUCUCAUAGAAAAGAGACCCAGCUCUUAUGGGAUUUGUUCAAAGGACUUGAGGUUGGACAGACAGGAAUCAUGGAUCCUGCAGCAGGCACCAUAGAGCGACUGAUAGAGAGAUUAACUGAAAUCUACAGCGAAGAUUCUCUCUGUGCUACUCUCGUACCGAAUUCCUUCCUCACCAUUGACCCAGACAAGGAUUUACACAUCGGUAGAGCUGAGAGCCCCAAAGAGCGAGCGGAACGGUUAUUAAAUUAUGUGCUACAGAGAGGAGACGCCGACUAUCGGAAAUUACUCGACCAACUUGAAACCCUGAGACCCAGGUUCCCGGCUCUGUCUGGUGUAUUGGAAAGAGAGAGAAAACGACACACACUGAUUGGCAUAAUAAAGCAACAUAAACAUUCAAAGCUCACCCUGAGGGACAUCCUGGACAUUGGAGAAGAGAAUAUGGCUCAAUGUGGUCCUAAAUCUAUACAAGACCUUCCCUUGACUCUCCUAAGGAAACUGGCGGCACUGGAAAGAACUGCAAGGGACACACUUCUAUUGGAAAGUGAUACAGUUUCCAGGGGAGAAGAAACGAUGGAUGAUAUUUUUGGUGUAGAUGCUGAAGAUCACGUAUCUAACUCCAUUAAUUCUUUAGAUGUUCUUUGUGUUCUUCUGAAUUGUUCUGAUUUGUUUUUGCAACAAGAGAUUUUUUCAAAAAUGUCCCUGUGCCAGUUUGCUGCCCCACUGCUGCUCCCUGCUGGUGAUGGCCCAGAAUGCACCUUCAUGCUCUGGGCUAUGAGAGACAUAGUAAGGAGCUGGAGACCUCAGGCAUCAGCAGGGAGCAGGGCUUUUACAGAGGAAAGCCUGGUGAAUAUACCCAUGCCUCUUUUCUCUUUUGUGAGACUGGGGCAAAGUAAAUUAUCUAAAUCUAAAAUCCUCAAUCAAGUUUUCAGUCCAACUCAGCAGUACAAUGAUUUCUUUAUACAUGAAAAUAUGGCAGGGGGAAACAUUGACAGGCAGUUAUCUAAUGGCCUAGUGGAAAUAUCCUGGAGUUUCCCUGUUGGAAAACAGACUCCUCUUAAUUUCCCAGAACCCAUUGCAGUUACCAAUAUGCAUGGAAAUCUAGAGUUGAAUAAAUCCCAGUUAGCCUUCCUAAUGCAGGUCUCAGCCGCAGUGUUUGUAUUUGCUGAGACUAUCAAUGAGAGAGAGAGUGAGACCCUAUCACAGUGCAGUCAAUCUGGCACAGAACUCUAUUUUAUUAUUACUCCAAAUGGUAAAUGUAUCAGUAAAGAGGCUGCAGAAUCCUUCAAAAAGUGUUUUGCCCUUAUGAAUGUUGGACCAAAAAAUAUAGUAAUGAAAGACAAAGUAGCAAAUGAUGCAGAACUGGUGAAUAAGAUACGUGACAUUAUGAGGAAUGUUCUGGGGAACUCCUGUAAAAGGAUAACACUUGAGGACAUGUCACACUCGGCCACAGAAUUUGGGUUCCAGGUAGAUGAAUCGUGCAGUGAAUGUCAGACAGCAAAAGCCUGUGCCGCAGAAAUUACUAAAGAGAUACGAGAUGUGGUUCAGUAUAAGAAAGAAACACUUAAACUACAAGGGGAUCUGUGGAAGGAGGUGUCCCAAACUGAGAAAGAAUUGUGCCGGAUGAGAAAACAAGGGGAUUUAACUAUAGAACAGUACAAAUCCCUGCUGGAAAAGAAGCUUUUGGAAUUACGUAACCAGCAGAACCGGCACCCUCUUCCCACAGGCAUGACUUUAUUUAUAUCUGCCAUUACUCAUUUAUCACAGGUAGAGAAACAUUAUUUCCUGAAAUGGAUGAAGUUCACACUUGAUUCCCUUACCCGAAAAAUUAUUUUAGAGUUGCGAGCAGAAUACAAGGAAAAAAUGAAAUCAGAAAUGAAUAAAGCAGAUAAAGUGGAACUUUUGCAACUGGGGCAGCAGAUCUCUGACAGUUCUUUAGGAAUAGAACACUUUCUCCGGGAAAUGGGGCAGUUUUAUGAGUCAGAAUAUUCUAUGGUGAAAACAAAACAAAUCAGUCCAACAAGCAGGCAGUUUACUGAUCUGCCCAAAAUAGCAGCUGAUCUCUUGCUGGAUGGGUUCCCAUUGGAACUGAUGGAUGGAGAUGCUUCCAAUAUCCCUAUGCAGUGGGUUACAGGCAUUCUGACUGAGCUGGAUAAUAAAACAGGAGGGAAAUGCAGAAUGAGAGUAAUCUCAGUGCUGGGAGUGCAGAGCACAGGGAAAUCCACCCUCCUGAACACCAUGUUUGGGCUGCAGUUUCCUGUGGCCAGUGGGCGAUGCACACGAGGAGCCUUCAUGACACUGAUUAACGUGAAAGAAAAUUUAGUAAAGAACCUGGGCUGUGAGUUUGUUUUAGUGAUUGACACAGAAGGUCUGAAGGCUCCAGAACUGGCUUCUCUGGAUGACAGCUAUGAACAUGACAAUGAGUUGGCAACUCUAGUGGUUGGGCUCAGUGAUAUCACCAUAACUAAUAUUGCUGGAGAAAAUUCAGCUGAUAUGAAAGACAUUUUGCAGAUUGUUGUGCAUGCAUUUCUAAGAAUGAAAACAAUAAGAGAAAAACCCAAGUGUCAGUUUGUGCAUCAGAAUGUGAGUGAUGUUUCUGCUAAUGAUAAUAUCAUGAGUGACAGAACAAAGAUCUUGGAACAGCUGAAUGAAAUGACCAGAACAGCGGCAAACAUGGAAAAAAUGAAUGGAAUUACAGGUUUUUAUGAUAUAAUGAAUUAUAACCUUGAGAGAGACAAUUGGUACAUUCCUGGGCUUUGGUACGGUGACCCACCCAUGGCUUCUGUAAACCCUGGCUACAGUGAGAAUGUGUAUGAACUGAAAAAAUAUUUGUUUGAAUUCAUGGAGAACGAGAAAAGCAUUCGGCAACCACAUAAUGUUGGUGAUUUUAUUGAAUUGAUUAAAAGAUUGUGGAACUCUGUGAAACAUGAGAAUUUCAUUUUCAGUUUCAGAAACAGCCUGGUAGCUGAAGCUUACAAUCAGUUAGCAAUGAAAUACUCUCAGUGGGAAUGGGACUUCCGAAAAGAGGUUCAAACUUGGCUCAUUAGCACUGAGAAUACUAUCAAUAAUCAGUCAGCAGAUAAACUGCACUCAGGGCUGUGUGUGGGUUAUAAAGAUAAUCUAAAUAUUCUUCUUUGCGAAGAAGAGAAGAAGAUGUUGGACAACUUAGAGAGAUAUUUUGAAAGUAAAUCUAACAAUGUUCAUCUGAUAGAAAAGCGCAGAGCUGAUUUUUCUCAGGAUGUGAAAUGUUUGCGGAAAGAAAUGGCACGCACUGUAGCAAUAAAGGUUGAUGAUGUUUUUCGAAUCCAAACUCAAAAAUAUCAAUUGCAAGACAUCCAAAAUAAUUACCAAAGAACAAUUGAAGUGAAUGUUACCAGCCUUCUGGAAAAGUUUAGGAGGAAUAAAGACCAUCCAGGUGAUCAGGAGGUGAAAGACACAUUUGAGAGUAUGUGGGAGAGAACAUUAUCAGAGUUACCCAGAAAUCCUUUAGAGAAACGUAACAUCAGUCAGGAAAUGCUGCAGGAAAUCAGAAUGGACAUGGCUAACAGGGGAAGUUCUAUAAAUGAGAAGAUUCUUACAGUACAACAUUUAAGUGAGUUUGGAAAAAAGGAGUUCAAGGUUACUGAAAGCCACGUUGAUAUUAGAUGGUACUCAGUAAUUAAACAAGCUAAAGAAUGGUAUACCAAGGAAUUUAAUGAUAAAAUAUACGCUCUUGCUUCUUUUUUGAUAAGAAGUUGCAGUGAGUAUGUAACAGAAAAAGUUAACACAAAGGGGGACUUUGACAGAACCUACUGCCGGGAACUGAUCCACAAAAUCAGCAGUAGGCUCAGUGAGAAGGAGUUUCAGAAUCUUCAUUUUACCCAUGGGUUUGAGUUGGACAUCAAGCUCCAUAUUUUAGGGAAUGCAGCUCCCAGGUUCCAGGUGAUGCACAAUAUGUUUCUUAGAGAAAAUGAUCCCGUCCUCUGUCUGCAAAACCUAAAGCCUCACUAUCAGUUACUGUUUGAAAAUAUAUUCCAAAAAAAAGAUGAAACACAAAGCAGAGCCCGGCAGUUCUGUGAGCUGUGCCUGAAGCCGGCAAUAACCAAACAUAUUUUCCAGCAUAUUGGCAAUGAUAUUGUGGAUGACAUUCUGGAUAGCAGGAAGGGAACAGAAUAUCGCAGCAGAACCUUCUUCCAGUUCUCUGUGCUUAAACAACUGCUGGAGCAACAGGAUUUCUCUCAGUUUGUGCUGUAUAUUAACUCGUACCAGUGGUUUGUGAAAAGAUGGAUUAUAGAUCACAUAUUAGAUAGGUAUAGUGAUGGGCAAAAGCUAGAGAAGUUGCAGGUAAAUAUUCUCACUCGUAUCUGUAAGGAUAUCAGGGAAGUUCUUCACAGCCAAGUGUUACUUAACAGAACCUCUGUCUCUGACUUUGUGACCCAAUUUUGCCUCAUGCUUGAAAGCAAAUUAGUUAUCCCCCAAGAAGCCAUAAAAGUGAUAGUUUUUCAGAACAACACAGAUAUUGAGCAGUUUUCAAGGGACAUUGAGGAAUUUCUCACAGACACAGAGAAAGCAAUGGAAUCAGAGUUGAAAUCCUAUAGAACUGAAUAUGUCCUUUUUAAUGCCUCAGUGAAACCAGAGGAAGAGCUGUUUAAGAAGGUGUUUGGCUGUGGGAAGCAGUGUCCCUUCUGCAAGGCCCCCUGUGAGGCUGGAGGGGAUCACCAUGAAGAACACUUUGCCUCUAUCCAUCGGCCUCAAGGUUUGGGAAGAUGCACCUCUAGUUACUAUAUUAACUUGCUUCACAGUUUUUUAGAAAUGUAUCUUCAUAUACAUUAUAGUUAUCGGAUUCAAUGGGGAGUGGAUAGAAGGAAACCCCUAUCUCCUAGUCAGAGGGCAAAGCUUGAAACGUUGUCUACAGACAUAUGUUCAAUUCAAGUUAAAUUUGGUACUAGGUUCAGCAAUGCUGAUACAGCAUGGAGAUGGCAUUACUACAGUGAAUAUCGUACAGUCUACCCAGACUGGCUAAUUCAGCCUGACCCCAGCAUCACAGCCUCUGACUACUGGAAAUUCAUUUUUGCAAAGUUUAAUGAAGAAUUUGCAAAGGAAUAUGAGGCAAAACCAGGUGAUGUGCCAGACACAUGGCUCCAGAUAACUGAGGAACAGGCUCUUCAAAGCCUAAGGGAGGUGUAUGGGUAUAAGUAAAAAUUAAGUUUGCCUGUAAAUUAACUUAAAAUCUGGCCAUACACACAGCUACAGAAUUAGACCAUUUGUGUGGCAUAUACUGUAUGUCUGUCACCUUGACUAUUAUUCAUGUACUAUGGAUAUUGGUUAGUUUAGGAACUGGAUAGCUUUAAAAUGUAAUUGGCCGACACACCAUAUCUGUCAAUGUAUGCUGACUGGCAGUUGGGAUAUUAAAUAGGACCCUCAUCUCCCCUUCACUUCUUGCUCUUCUAAUCAUUCAGCCUGUCUGCAUGAACAAUCAGAACAAUUUUGUUUAAUGUAUUGAA